CCCCGCCGAGCCGCCCGGCCCCUGUGAGCGCCCCGCCGCCGCCCGCCCGCCGCCCGCCGGGCCGGGGAAGAUGCUGAGCCGCUGGAUGAGCGGCAGCAGCAGGAGCCUGGAGCGGGAGUACGGCUGCACCGUCCGGCUGCUGGAUGACAGCGAGUACACCUGCACCCUCCAGAGAGAUGCCAAGGGUCAGUAUCUGUUUGACCUUCUCUGCCACCACCUAAACUUACUGGAGAAAGACUACUUUGGAAUUCGGUUUGUGGACCCGGACAAGCAAAGGCAUUGGUUGGAGUUUACAAAGUCUGUUGUGAAGCAGAUGAGAGCCCAGCCUCCCUUCACCAUGUGUUUUCGUGUGAAGUUUUAUCCCACUGACCCUGCUGCUCUGAAAGAGGAAAUAACCAGGUAUUUAGUCUUCCUGCAGAUCAAAAGAGAUCUCUACCAUGGUCGCCUUCUCUGCAAGACAUCGGAUGCUGCAUUGUUAGCCGCCUAUAUCCUUCAAGCGGAGAUUGGGGACUAUGACCCUGGGAAGCACCCAGAAGGCUACAGCUCCAAGUUCCAAUUUUUCCCCAAACAUUCGGAAAAGCUGGAAAGGAAAAUUGCAGAGAUUCACAAAACAGAACUCAGUGGUCAGACACCAGCUACUUCAGAGUUAAAUUUUUUAAGAAAAGCCCAGACCCUGGAGACAUACGGGGUUGACCCACACCCGUGCAAGGAUGUGUCAGGAAAUGCGGCAUUUUUGGCCUUCACUCCCUUUGGUUUUGUUGUUCUGCAGGGAAACAAGAGAAUUCACUUCAUCAAAUGGAACGAGGUAGCCAAAAUGAAAUUCGAAGGAAAGACAUUCUGUUUAUAUGUAAGUCAGAAAGAGGAAAAGAAAAUUGCUCUUACUUAUUUUGCUCCAACACCAGAAGCGUGCAAGCAUCUCUGGAAAUGUGGGAUAGAAAACCAAGCUUUUUACAAGUUGGAGAAGUCAAGCCAGGUCCGCACAGUAUCCAGCAGCAACUUGUUCUUUAAAGGAAGCCGGUUCCGAUACAGUGGCCGAGUUGCAAAAGAAGUGAUGGAAUCUAGUGCCAAGAUCAAGAGGGAGCCCCCAGAAAUUCACAGAGCAGGAUUGGUUCCUAGCCGCAGCUGUCCUUCCAUCACUCAUGGGCCAAGACUCAGCAGUGUCCCCAGGACUCGACGGAGAGCUGUUCACAUAUCAAUCAUGGAAGGCCUGGAGUCUCUGAGGGACAGCGCUCACUCGACCCCCGUGCGUUCAGCCUCUCACGGCGAUGCUUUCAUGUCCCAUUCGCGGAGCAGCAGAGCUGAGAGCAGCGAGAGAGUGGCAGUCAUCUCUGACGAGAUCUACAGCCCCGCGGACAGCGUGCUUCCCACGCCCGUGGCAGAACACAGCCUGGAGCUGAUGCUGCUCUCCAGGCAGAUCAAUGGUGCCCCCUGCAGUAUUGAAGAAGAAAAGGAGUCUGAAGCCAACACACCCACUGCAACUGAGGCUGAUGAGAUGGGAGGCGAGUUCAAAGCCUUGUGCCAGGGUGUUGGUGGCAAUGGCGGGACACAAGCUGCACAGGCGAUGGUUUGCCUGCAAAGUCCGCUCCGUGCUGAGCCUGCUCAUUGACACCUGAAGGCAUGACUUCCUAAUAACUAGCCAGGUGGAUUCAGACGAUACCUGCUACCAGUUCCCAGCAAAGGGGACCCAUCGUGGCACCAUCGGCCCAUAAACUAUGUCCUCCUUUCAUGAAUCAAAGUACACUGCACCCUAGGAGGUUUGUUCCUGGAAGAAGAAAGCGAUAGAUUUAUGCCAGAUUAAAAACGCAUUUAUUUAGAGCUCCACUUUCCUGAAGUAUUCAACCAUUCAGUUUUUAAUCCUUGAAGUUUGCAGAAUAAUUUAAGAUUUUAAUUUUCAUAGAUGUGUGUAUUACUUUGAAAGUAUUGAAUAAGAGGAAUUUAUUUUAUUACUACUGAUUAUUGCAUUAGUGUCAGCCAAUAGCGGAGGCACUAGUUCAAGACUAGAGAUAUUGCAUUAUGCAGGAGCUUUAGUAAUGGUGCUACUGAGUUGUAAUUUAAAUACUAGUGUAUUGUUUCAUGAUUAAAACUGCCUCUGUGCACAGCACUUCCACCUUCAAAUUCCUUUUACUACCCAGAGCUUCUUAACUGGCAAAUGGUUUAGUCCUUAGAAAGCGAUCUGGUACAAUACCAUUAUCAACUUAGAAACGUUUUCACAAACAACAGAGUGGGCAAGAAACAGGGAAGCCAGGAGUGGCAGUGUCUGUUCCUUUAAAUAGCAUAGAAAGAUGUGAAUACCUAUCCUAUUCUAUAACUUAGGCCUUUUCAGAAUAUGUUAAGCCUUGAACCUGUAGUGCACCACAGUGGCGUUUACUAUAGAGGUGUUAAAUCCCUAACGACAGUGGGAGUGGAGUCUAUGGGGGGAGUAGAUAAAUGUACUCAGUUAUGUCCUACAAAGUCUGGGUGUGUAGUUAGGAAUCAUACCUGAUGAUCUGGAAUACGUUUUGCCUCAGAAAGUUGUGCGUGUUUUGUAUAAAAAAUAACUGUUAAACCUAUAUUUUAAACAAAAUAGCAUUUUGUUAUUGAUACUAAUCAAGUCUUUUUAACUUUAUGGAUUAGACGAACAUAGCGUGAUAUACAAAAUGACUGGAGUAAGCCAAUUAUUUUGAGAAUAACUGGUUUGUAGGAUGGGACUCUAAUGGCAGAUUAACCCAUUACUAGUUUUGGAAAAAAGAGCAGCAGAUUUUUUGAAAUGUUUCAAAGGUAAAGAGCAGUAUUACAGAAGUGGAGACAACACUGGAAAACACCAAGACAAAUAUGAGCUCUGUCCUUAGGGGGAAAAAGUGUAAUUAACUAAUUUCUGUUGUGACAUGAACACUUGACUCUUAUUAUUUGGCAAAAAUAGCAGCCCAUUUGUAAUGGGAGCAAUAAUCACUACUGUACAGUUUCUUGUGAAGCUGGGCAUAUUUAACAAAACAGAAUAAAAACAGACUAGCAAGAGUUUCAUUUCAUCUCAGGGAAGAGAUUUUAAGCAAGCCGAGGCCAUAGACCCAAUUUUAAAAGUCUGAUUUACAUUUUCUACACCAUCAACCAUUUCUGUGCACGAGUUCAAGCACUGCUGGUGCAUGCGCAUGCACACACACACAAACACGCCCCCAUUCCUUUUGAAGACUAGUUAUGAUUUUGUCCUGAACUGGUCAAUUGUUCUCUUUUGCCAAAUGCUCAAUCAUCAAUAAAGAGAACAAUCAAAGUCAAUUAGAUUCAGACUAUUUGUCACUGCAAUAAAUAAGGUCCAUUUUACUAGUCUGUCAGAUUUUUUUUUUUUUAAUGCAGUUUGUCACUUUUACUUUAAACAUUAACCAUGGCCAUUUGAUUGUCAGAAGAGCUGAAAAAGAUUUUGCAUUCAAUUUAAUAUUAAGUUGUGAAUGCCAACCACAGGAGGAAAAAGGCUAGAUUUUUACAUGGAUAUAUACCGUUUUAUGCAACAUAGUAAAAUUAACUUUUAGUGUAGUGUUCCUACCUCAGUCUGUAAAUGGUGUUUCUAUGCAGUGAGUGAUAGUCUUAAACUAAACAUUUUUCAUCCUAGGUUAAAGAUGCAGUAUUCCAUUGUUUUAAUUGCUAAUUGCUAAUACUACUUGUUUGUCAUAACAAUACAUUAUCAUUCAGUGACAGGUGCAGCUCCAAUGUGUUGUACUUUAAACAUUUUCUUUUUCAAAAACCACAAGAUAUGAAAUAUUAACUUUGAAAAACUUUUGCAUCAGUCUGCUUUUAGAAGAGUAAUAAAUACCACACCUUGUUUAACCUUUUGCUGUUUUCACCUGGCAUUUUAUCCUAAAACCAUUACAAUUAGUAAUUUUUUAAUCUUAUGGUUUUUUCCCCUCUAUGUGCCAUGUUUCAUGUUUUGCUAGCUGUUCGUUUUAUCUGUCAUUUGUAUAAAAAGUCAUUUCGAUAGUUCUUCUAUCAGAGGAAGCAAAACUCUUAAUAAAGAAUAGUGUACUGCAUCUUUAAAGCAGUAGAGGGUAAAAAUACCUGAAAAUGUGAAUUUCUUAGUUUUCAUAGAAGUUAACCUUUCAUGUGCCAAAUACUGUAAGUUACUUUUUUUCCCUCCAAAAUAAUGUACCUUUUUCUACAUAUUCAAUAUGUAGUUAGCAUAAAAUCAUUGGUGCCAUGAAAAGUAUUUUUAAAUUUAAAUAAAUAUUUAAGUAUCAUGAAAA